GUAUUAGUUCUUCACCCUUACAACCAAGAAAGCUUUUGUCCUCUGUAUUGUGUCUUCUUUUCACACCACCCCACACCAUUGUAUAUUGAGUCAAGCCUUCUCUCACCACUAAGACUUCACUCAAGCUUUGGGGGCCAUUAUGAUGCAAUAAGAGGUCACUGAAACAUGAUAUUUGAUGCACUACUGUUCAAACUUCUCGUUGUUUGAAUGAAGUGUUUUUGGCUCCAUUGAAGUAAAUGGUGAUUGAUUUUUUUGCAACUAACAGGAAAGUAGUUGGUGUAUGAGGAGCAAGUUUCAAAUGGAGUGGGUAACCAUGUCAUCUUCCUCUUGGCUCGCAUCUCCUGAAUGUUCAAUCUCUCAAUCCUCAAAUGCAAUCCAAUGGCUGGCAUUCAUCUUCCUCUCACCAUGUCCUCAAAGACUAAUCUUCUCAGCCAUUGAUGUUCUAUUCAUAUUGACCCUUCUCGUGUUUUCACUCCAAAAGCUCUGUUCUAGAUUCUUCUCAAAUAGCAACACCAAUUCCUCCAUGAAGAAGCCCCUACUUGAAACCACUAAAUCCUACCCGAGAGUCACCAUUUGGUUCAACCUGUGUCUAGUUCUAACAGCUCUGUUAGCAAUUUGUUACACAGUGCUAUGCAUUCUAGCUGUUUGUCAAGGUGUCCAAACCACAUGGAAGCUUAUAGAAGCUUUGUUUCGAUUAGCUCAAGCGAUAACACAUGUCUCCAUUUUGAUCCUAAUUGCACAUGAGAGGAAAUUGGAAGCUGUUUCUCAUCCUAUGUCGCUUCGGGUUUAUUGGGUAGCAAACUUUGUUGUUCUAUGUUUGCUCACUGCUUCAGGUAUCGCCCGGUUUAUCACCGUUGGCAGUAAUUUUGACACCAGCAUGAAAGUGGAUGAUAUAGUUUCCAUUUUUGUCCUUCCAAUUUCUGCAUUUCUUUUAUUUGCUGCUGUUAAAGGAACAUCUGGGAUUGUUGUUGGAGAACAAGAAUUAGGAGCAACCUCGAGAUCACAAGUAAAUGGAAAUGGGAUUGCUUUGAUUGAUCCUAAUGUGAGUGGCUAUGCCACAGCUUCUUGGUUCUCUAAACUAACAUGGUUUUGGUUGAAUCCGAUUCUGAAAAAGGGAUACAAAUCCACUCUAAAGAUGGACGAUGUUCCUUCACUUUCACCAGAGCAUCGGGCUGAAAGAAUGGCGGAGCUUUUUGCAAUGAAUUGGCCUAAACCAGAUGAGAAUUCGAAGAACCCUGUGCGAACCACGUUACUUCGUUGCUUCUGGAAGGACAUUAUUUUCACCGGUUUACUUGCUGUGGUGAAAUUGAUUGUCAUGUAUGUUGGUCCAGUACUAAUCAAUGGUUUUGUUGAUUUCACUUCCGGGAAAGGGGAUGACCCCAACGAAGGAUACUAUCUGGUAUCGAUCCUUCUAGUUGCGAAAAUCAUUGAAUGCAUUAGUUCCCACCAUUUCAAUUUCCACUCUCAGAAACUCGGGAUGCAAAUCCGGUGCACUGUCAUCACAGCUUUAUACAAAAAGGGUCUUAAAUUAUCGUGUUCUUCCCGGCAAGAUCAUGGGGUCGGACAGAUUGUGAAUUACAUGGCUGUUGAUGCACAGCAACUCUCUGAUUUGAUGUUGCAAUUGCAUUCAAUAUGGUUAAUGCCAUUCCAACUUGGUGUUGCGUUGGCCCUCCUUUAUUACUACAUGGGUCUCUCAAUGCUUGCAGCAUUGGUUGUAGUUGUUGGAGUUAUGAUAUUCAGUUUAUACCGUACUCGAAAGAACAAUAUAUUCCAGUACAUGGUGAUGAAAAGCCGCGAUUCAAGGCUUAAGGCUACUAACGAGAUGUUGAAUAAUAUGCGUGUGAUCAAAUUUCAAGCAUGGGAGGAACAUUUCAAUCAGAGAAUUGAAUCGUUUCGGGAUAAAGAGUAUGGAUGGCUUAGCAAGUUUACAUUCUCAAUGUCUUUUACGAUGAUUUUGCUUUGGUGCAUGCCGGUUGUGUUGUCAGCACUUGUAUUUGGGUUUUCAAUCUUGCUCGGAGUCUCUCUUGACCCUGGAACGGUGUUCACAGCAACAACGGUUCUUAGAAUUAUUCAAGAUCCAGUCCGAACUUUCCCUCAAGCUCUUAUUUCGGUUUCACAAGCUUUGAUCUCGCUAGGGAGGUUGGAUGGGUUUUUGGUAAGCCAGGAAUUGGAUGAUAGGUCAGUGGAGAGAGAGGAAGGCUGUGACAGUAGAACUGCUGUGGAGGUGAUAGGUGGGACUUUUUCGUGGGAAGAUGAAGGUCAAAAUGCAGAUUUGAAAAAUGUGAAUUUAGAAAUCAAGAAAGGUGAGCUUGCUGCUAUUGUUGGUACUGUUGGAUCAGGAAAAUCUUCUUUAUUGGCUUCAAUUCUUGGUGAGCUUCACAAGAAGUCAGGAAAGGUCAGAGUUUGCGGAACCACCGGUUAUGUGGCACAGACGUCGUGGAUACAAAAUGCAACUAUUCAAGAAAACAUCUUGUUUGGUUCACCAAUGAAUAAGGAAAAGUACAACGAAGUGAUUAGAGUUUGUUGCUUAGAGAAGGAUUUUGAAGUUAUGGAUCAUGGGGACCAAACUGAGAUUGGAGAGCGUGGGAUCAACCUUAGUGGCGGCCAGAAGCAGAGGAUUCAACUUGCUAGGGCUGUUUAUCAGGACUGUGAUAUCUAUCUUCUUGAUGAUAUUUUUAGUGCUGUUGAUGCUCAUACUGGAUCAGAAAUCUUCAAGGAAUGUGUGAGGGGAGCUCUCAAAGAUAAGACUGUUUUACUUGUGACACACCAAGUUGAUUUCUUGCAUAAAGCUAACCAUAUAUAUGUCAUGCGAGAUGGGAUGAUCGUGCAAUCCGGGAGGUAUCAAGAGCUUCUUGAAUCUGGCUUGGAUUUCGGUGCACUUGUAGCUGCAUAUGAAACCUCCAUGGAUCUUGUGGAAAUGAGCACUCCCAUAUCAACUGACAACCUACAAGCGCCGAAGUCACCCCAUACCCCUUUAACCCGAGGUGAAUCCAAUGGCAAAAGCAAGUCUCUUGACAAAUCCAAGUCUGAAAAGGGUACCUCAAAACUCAUUGAAGAUGAGGAGAGAGAAACUGGCAGUGUCAGCGGAGACGUGUACAAGCAGUAUUGCACUGAGGCAUAUGGAUGGUGGGGAGUGGCAGCUGUGAUAACGGUCUCUGUAGCCUGGCAAAGCUCACUUAUGGGAAGCGAUUAUUGGCUCGCAUACGAGACGUCAGAUCAAACCAUUUUUAAACCUUCUUUGUUUAUGCUCGUCUACUCAAUCCUAGCUGCAACGGCAUGCGUGUUGGUGAUAAUAAGGGCAUUCAUUGUUGCAAUACUCGGUCUCAAAACAGCUCAGCAAUUCUUCAGUCAAAUUCUUCGUAGCGUGUUGCACGCUCCAAUGUCAUUCUUUGAUACUACUCCAUCAGGAAGAAUUCUAAGUCGAGCAUCAACUGAUCAAGCUGCUGUUGACUUUAUGCUUCCCUUUUUUUUGAGUAUGACACUAGUGAUGUACUUCAAUUUGAUUACCAUUGUGGUUAUUACAUGUAUGAAUGCCUGGCCAGUAGUAUUCCUUGUUAUUCCGCUGAUUUGGGUGAAUAUUUGGUAUCGGGGAUUCUACCUUGUAACAUCUCGGGAAUUAACCCGGCUUGAUGCAAUUACUAAAGCCCCGGUCAUACAUCACUUCUCGGAAACCGUCUCUGGUGUUAUGACAAUCCGGUGCUUCAGGAAGCAGAAAAGGUUUUUUCAGGGAAAUGUUGACAGGGUCAAUGCAAAUUUACGCAUGGAUUUCCACAACAAUGCGUCAAAUGAAUGGUUCGGAUUCCGCUUGGAACUGAUUGGGAGCUUUUUCCUUUGCAUUUCUACCAUGAUUAUGGUCUUGUUGCCAAGCAGUGUUGUCAAUCCAGAGUAUGUCGGCUUGUCUCUUUCCUAUGGCCUUUCCCUGAACGUUAUGUUGUUUUUUACGGUCUAUAUGAGUUGCAACGUGGAGAACAAAAUGGUUUCAGUUGAGAGAAUUAAGCAGUUUAUAAGAAUCCCAUCAGAAGCUGCUUGGAGGAUACCUGAUUGUCUUCCGUAUCCAAACUGGCCGACCCGUGGUGACAUUGAGAUAAAGAACUUGCAGGUUAGAUAUCGACCAAAUACUCCACUAGUUAUCAAAGGCAUUACUCUGAACAUUCAUGGAGGAGAGAAGGUUGGCAUUGUUGGGCGAACGGGAAGUGGAAAGUCAACUCUGAUCCAAGUUUUCUUUAGACUAGUAGAGCCUUCGGGAGGGAAAAUCAUAAUUGAUGGGGUUGACAUUUGCAAGUUGGGCCUUCAUGAUCUUAGGUCUCAGUUUGGGAUCAUCCCUCAGGACCCUGUGCUUUUCGAAGGAACGGUUAGAAGCAAUAUUGAUCCCAUUGGGCUGUAUUCAGAUUCGGAAAUAUGGAAGAGUCUUGAACGUUGCCAAUUGAAAGAUGUUGUGGCUGCAAAGCCUGAAAAACUCAAUGCAUCAGUGGUUGAUGGCGGAGACAAUUGGAGUGUGGGACAGAGACAGCUUCUGUGCUUGGGGAGAGUUAUGCUGAAACACAGCAAGAUUCUGUUUAUGGACGAAGCAACGGCUUCUGUCGACUCCCAGACCGAUGCUGUCAUUCAGAAAAUCAUUCGCGAGGACUUUGUGUCGUGUACAAUAAUCAGCAUAGCUCACAGAAUACCCACAGUUAUGGACUGUGACAAAGUGAUGGUUAUGGAUGCUGGAUGGGCAAGGGAAUAUGAAGCCCCAUCUCAGUUGCUCGAGAGGCCUUCGUUGUUUGGGGCAUUGGUUCAAGAGUAUGCUAGCCGAUCAGAGAUAUGAGUUCACACCCUUUUGCGAGAGGUACACCAGAUUAUUGCAGCUAGACCAAAUACCUUGAUUCUAGCUUUUAGGGAAUUGAAAAUUUUGUAAUUUCCUUAUUUCGUGGCUUUGAUUUAGAGACCACUGUUAAUACUGUUAUUAUUAUUUUGUUUUUCUUGUUAUUUCUUUGCUUUUGGUUUGCCUACGAAUAAUAGGUUGGUGUGCUACAUGUAUAUUUCUCUUCUCGGAAGAAUUUUCUGAGUAUUUUCUGUCCAAAUUAUUGUCGCCUUUGUUCUUUGAAAGAUUAUCAAAAUAUAUAGUGUUAUCUAAGCUA